CAAAUUUGAGCCCCUGCAGCGGCAACUCGCCUUAUCUGGAAGACAAAACUAUAACUUAGAGAGAGAAAGAGUGGGAGCGGCGAAGAAAAUGGGCGCUGGAAUGGAAGUUGCUCUUCCCGUACUGGGAAUAGUAGCAGCUGCCGCUGUUACCUUCUACGCAGUCAGCUUUGCGGAACUUAGGGAGAAAUCAUUCAGAGAUUUGGAGGAAUCUGAAGAAUCUGAGAAUGGAGGAUUCAAGUCAUCCCUCAGCUCAAGAGAGCGGCGUGCCAGAAGAAAGGCUGAAAAAGAAUCCAAGACUUGACCAAUCAAACGACUGCUGUGCUGUUCCAUGAAAAAGAAUCAAUUACGAAUUAGGUUUGCUGCCAGCUAUUAUGAAUUAAGAAUUUUUUUUUCUUAAACAUCUCUGGAAAUCUCAGCAGUUCUAUCUUCUUGUCUCGUUACACAACUGCCUUGCCCGCAAAAUGAUUAGAAGAUUGUGAAGAGCCUUUAUAGCCUUAUCUCCUCUUCUUUUGAUGCGCAUCUUAAGAUACUGUAACAUUAUCCACGAAUCCCCAAUAUAAAUAUAAAUAUAAAUUUAAGCCUGAGUAA